AUGUCGGCCUUUGCACGUCUCCCCGCACAGUGGGACGAUGAUCAGUCCAGUCAAAGUGAUCCGCCUUCGACACGUUCCUCCAACGAUCCACCAGAACAUGCAUCGCAUAUUCGGUCACGCUCGACCGCCAUCGUCCCGAGUCCCAAACGCCUGUCGGUCUUUGGGAGUCGUUCAAGAAGUAACACCACGACGUCCACGGUGUCGCGCCGCUCCCCGGGCUCAUCGAUGAUGUCCUCGGUGGAGCAAUCGAGUGAUCUGCAGGAUGAACGAGCCCCGUCAGUACUGGGAAUGCGUGCCGAGAGGUCAGAGCGGUCGUCCAGGUCGCUGCUGUCGCGCGGGAGUCGCAUUCUCCGUCGACAAGGAAGCAAAAUCACCAUCGCCGCCACGCUGGACGAGGAGGACGAGCCCCGCAGUGAGAAGCCGAGUCGGCAUCGAGGGCGACAGGCCGAUCACCAUGAACGACUCAAGAGCAUCAUCUCCGAUCCAUUUGAUUUCCAUCAUCUCACCCACACCAGUCCCUCGCAAUUCCAACUAUUAGAUCAAACUCGUGAAAACGACCUUGUCACCGAGUUCUCCGUCAUUCGCGCUUCCCAGCGUCCCGAGGCUGGCCUCAAGGGUAUUCGCGCCGAUGAUCUCAGCUUUCGCAAUGUCUCCAGUGACGACCUCGCGGCGUUUGGAACCGCCACCACGGUGAAUGAGCGGGCGCCUCAAAGUCCCCCCGCCUCGCCCACCGCAACAGUGUCGAUGAGUCCCAGCCAAGGAGGCCACACGCGGACAGAAUCUCGCACAUUCGAGAACUUUUCUCGCCCCGUCUCGAGAUAUCCUCGCCAAUGUCCCACGACUCCGCCUCCACCAAUGGUUCCCGAGGUCCCCUCGGAGGAGAACAUCGAACCGGCGCCUCGGGCUAUCGACGAGAUUCUGGGACUGAACCCUGUGCCCACGUACCCCGAGUACAUUGGCCCCGAGCGAUCGCCGAGCAAGAUCCAGUUUGGCCCGGUAUUCGCCGACAGCUUCAACGCGCGCAAAACGUCUUUGAGUAGCCAGUACGAGCUGGAAGAGGUGCCCGAGGAGGACGAAGGCACGCGAUUGUGGGAAAGCCCCGAAUCGAGCACCAACACGGCCCACUCUCGAUCGACUUCGCAUAUCAGUCCUGGCACGGUGGAACCUCGUCGGACUGGUCGUCUGGUGGCUCCCACAAACCCGCUUUCGAUCUACAUCGCGGAAGACUUGUCUCGCAAAUUCUCCGAAGCUCUCAGCUCACCCACCCUCCCUCAGACGGGGCCCGUCACUUCGCCCAAGGAAGACGUGAUGACCGACGAGCUGGAUGGCACUUCCCCCGUGAUCCCCGGUGGACAAAGUUUCUCCUACGGCGAGGACCUUGCGUAUGAUUCGUGGGAUGCGGACAUUGACUAUUGCUACGAGCACGCUGCAGAGUCCACCUCGGACUUUGACUGGACACGCACCUCCAUCGACGAGACCCGGCCCCAGGCCAGCAACGUUGCCGAGGCCCGUGAGUCCUGGGGCUCGUCGGCGCCACGAAAGCUUAGUCGACACCUCGAUCCCAGUCCAUUGAGCAUCUCCACCGUGGCCACUCCCGACCUCGAUCAGUCCUCUGCACGCUCAAGCGCACCUCCCCCUUCCGUUCCCACCCCUUCGACCGACUACGACCGCACUUUCAUCCACGGGCCAGCGGGAUAUUUUCACCCCGUCACCCCCUCCAUCCUUUCCAAACACCUCAAUCAUGACAUCAUGUAUGAAGACUACCUCUCCGGCGCCGACGCCGAUGCCGAUGCCUCAUCAGACCGGCACUUUCCAUUCCCCCUGGCCGGUCUCCACAACGGCUCGCCUCGGUCCAGCUUCUCGCCCAUCAGCAAAUGUAACUCCCAGGAGAGUCUGAUGCUCUCCCGUGCGGCCAGCAUCGUGCGCAAGCACCGUUCCUCCGUCUCGACGGCCUCUGUCCCGGAACUCGUGCAUUCCUUGUGCAACUCACGCGAACUGAUGCCGACGGAUCGACUCGGCGCCGCAGAAAUUCUGGCCCGCCCUGCCUCGGGCAAUUUGCACCGCCCGACGAAAAGUCUCGCCGAGUCUCAUAUGCUGGCACACGCCGACAGCAACGCAAGCCUGGCCAGUGCCGAGGCCGCACUACAUGAUCGCUCCAAGAGCGUCCCGGACGUGGCAGCCGAUGCUGAUACCGUCAGUAUCAGAACUAGUAGCAGUGGAACUGCUCCAGUCCCCAUCCAAACAUCAACAUCCGCCCUUCCCACCCUACCGAACCGAAACCCCAAUCGCAAAAAGUCCCGCACCACCUCUUACUCCCUCUUCCCGACCCCUGCGAGCUGA